GCUGGAAUUGAAUUUGAAAGAGACCAGAAAUAUCUGUACGGAUUUCCACUCAGCCCCGAGGCGAUCCCAACCUCACUCCGCCCUGUCUCUUCCUCUCCCUCGGAUCUCAAGUUUCCUCCAGGAAGAGAGAGACUCGUGGGAGUUGAUUAGCUAUAGCUGUCUUUUUCGGAAAAUUCAAGCAAGUACGCAACAGCCAUUGCAUAAACAGUACUGCAUCCUUAAAACCUUCCCUUUUUUUUGUUUUGUUUCCCAUACGCUCGUCUUUCAAAUUGUAUUUCUUGCUAAUUCCCGAAAAACCCAACUCACGCCCGGGAAAGUUUAGCUGAGUUUUAUUUAUUUUCACUCUGUCUUUCGUUCUCAUGGGUUGUACCGGAUCGUCUCGGGCCAAAGGGGAUGAGAACGCUCAGAAAAUUCGGAAGCCGAAACCUUGGAAGCAUUCUGAACCGAUCACAAGGACACAAUUAGUGCAGAUGCGUGAUGAAUUUUGGGAUACCGCUCCUCACUAUGGUGGCCAGAAAGAGAUAUGGGAGGCACUUCGAGCUGCUACUGAAGCUGACUUAACUCUUGCACAAGUGAUUGUGGAUAGUGCUGGUGUGAUCGUUCAGAGUGCUGAUUUGACAAUCUGCUACGACGAGAGAGGUGCAAAAUAUGAACUACCCAAGUAUGUUUUGAGCGAGCCAAUCAAUUUGAUGCAAGAUAGUUGACAACUGGGUAAAGAAUGCAUUGCUUCAUUGAGAUUGUAAAUUUUGUUCAUGUAUUUCCCCGCCCCUAGCGUUCUGAGUCUUGUUAGAAUUGAACAGCCAAAUUGAUUGUCUUUCAAAAUUUUCUCCUAUAUAUCAAUGUAUGUGUGCUAAACUUUUUAUUUAUUUUUCUGUCUAAAUAAGUAAAGAAAAAGAUCUUCUCAGGGUGACUCCAAAGAUUCUGUGCAUCAGAACAUAUUUUUAGAACAUUUUCAA